AUGCCACAAACGACAAAAGUCUUCUGGGCCCCGCACAUUGAGACAGCUAAGGCCGAGCUUCAACAGGCACAAGGUCUAGGUGCAGCGGCAGUCGAGGAAUGGCUCAAGGGUUUGGAAGCCCGAGGGAAAUAUGCUAGGCAAGACGCCUCGCGAUGGGAGAAAUGGGCUCUCGCUGGAGGCUUGUUGCAUAUGCGGCAGCCUGCUUCGUCAGCACCAACGAUCAUCGCAGAGGACCAGCCCUUCGAGAUCCAAGUUCUACACGACGAGCUUGAAGUUACCGUGCCUGCCGUCACCUCGAGCCGGUCAAACAUGAUAGCGAAUGCACCGCAGACAGUAUCUCAAGGUCGCCAAGAGAGGACUCGAGAAGAGGCUGCCGCGCGAAAAGCCUUGCGACGCAUCGAGAUUGAGCGGCGGGCUAUGUUGAUUGAUCCGCCACUGCCGCCGAACGUUCUCGUGCACAUUCCCUCAUUUCAGGCAGCUAUUCAGAUCACCGCAACGCUCGAUGACGAUGCUUGGUGUCUCCUCCAGCCGAGAUUGCUUGCCCAGCGCGCUGACGCUGAGCAGGAGGAAAAUAAGAAGAAACUUGCAAACAUUCAAAGGCCGGGUUUUGAGGCAGCCGAGCCCGCACCAGUGGAAGUUUCGGAUAAGGACUGGGACGACAUCCAAGGCCCGGUACGUGCGAGCAUAGCCAAGUACGCCGACGAGACGAUUCGGAGCAAUUGGGCCAAGGGCCGUAAAGUCAACAGGGAGAAUAGCCCGCGAUUUGCAGCUGAUGUCCUGGUCUCUGUGCGGACCAGAUUUUACUCAGACGUGGCAAAGAACGCCGCAGAUGCUAUUGCAAAUGGCCAACAACCACCGGCCGACCCCCCACAGGGACCCUUCACACAAAAGCUGACUCUCGAAAACAUGAAAUGGGUGUUUGAUGUGAAAAUCAAGGUCCAUACCGAGUCUCACCGCAAGGAGUUGUUUUUGUGCAACGGUUGUGACAGUAAUAGAUAUUACGGCUUCGAGGGUGUCAUACAGCACUACGCGGCGAAGCAUACCAAAGCUCUGAGUCUUGGUAAUGUCGUCGUUCAUUGGAGGGCAGAGUGGCCACCAGAGUCGCCAUUUAGAACCCAUCCUCGAACGUCGAAGAAACCGCGCCACAAUCCAUUGCAUGGACCCCCGCAACAAGGAGCUUCUGGUCCGUCGUCACAUCUAGGCCGCGAAGCAUUGUUUGCGAACGGAGGCAAUCCCGCUCCGAUACAAUACCCCUUCUCAGCUGGGGCUGCGGCGCAAGCAGGCCCUCCCCCACAACGAGCUGUGUCAUACGGUCCAACUCCGUCAUAUCACGGAGUUGGUGUCCUCGAUUCCGGCAUUUACGGCCCUCCAACGUUCGUUGCAGGUGUAUCAAUAUCGCACCCACCUGCGCCUCCAGGACAUGGGCUAUUCGAUCAUGGCCCGCCGCCGGAGUUCCCUCCAGUUAUGAUGGCGCCGCCUUUCCUUGCCACAAAUCAGUAUAGUGCCAACAGUGCAGCUGAUUUUUACCCCAGUGCUCAGCCGCAAUACCACGUGUCCCAAAGCAGCCUGUAUCAGCCGACAUAUCACGCUCAGCUCGAGAAUCUUGUGCGUAACGCAAGAGGUGUUUGGAACACGCUCUCCAGCAUCAAGGACAUACCAGGGCCUUUGAAGGUCUGCGUUACAUUUUACCACGUAGUGAAACGCUUCCGAUUGGCUUUCUCAGAAACGCCAAGUCUUCGAAUGUUCAACGACGGUCUUUCGAACCACAAAGGUAUGCGUCCCGUCCGGAACGUGAAUGGCUUAAUGUGCCGAGCUUGCACACUGGGUUUGGGCAAUGCUCCGCACGUCUUCAUGGAGAGAAAGACCUUCUCUCUGCCUCAGCUCACCAAUCACUUCGAGAGUCUCCAUCUCGGCCUUCAACAUGCCGAACCCCAGGACCGAAUGGAUAUGGACUGGACGCAAGACAUGCUGUUGCUACCAGAACUGCCUGGGCUAGGUGCUUUCAAGGCGACUCUUGGAACUGGCGGUCAUAAGUUCAAUUUAGUACACGAAGCUGUUCCCUGGGUGUUUGAUCAUACAAGAGAACCUAUUCGCCCAUGGCCCCGAGCUGACGGAUCUGGUGACGGGUUGCGAGAGCCGGACCGGGAAGAACCCGGGUAUAUUCGACAGCAACGCGAUACGCAGAUCUGGAAGGAACGAAUCAAGGACGACGAGAUAGUGGCGGCAUCUCGCAGCUCCCAUGCUGAGUCACGCGGGGAUAUCAGCGCUAUGCAGCAAUUUGGCCCAGCCUACAAGUUGAACCCUGAACAGAAUGGGGUGGCGCUUGUGGAGGGAAGGUCCGCCUGUUCGACCACGCGGCAGUCAAACGAGCCUGAUGGCUUCAAUCUAACUGCUGCUCUGGAGUCACACCUAGCCCGAGAGCGCGACGAGCCCGCGCGGUACCAGGCAUAUCAACCACUGAGCAGACGAGCACUAUCAAGUGAUGGAAAGCAGGACACCUCCUCGCCAUCCAGCCCCACUUGGAGGAAAGCACCACCACUCUGCAUCAAAUGA